CUCUCUUUGCUAGGGUACCAUCUGUGCAACUACACCCUGACCAAAAAUGUGUUUAAAAUGGUUGCCUACCAAAAGUCCUACGAGAGAAACACGUCCUGUGGAGGAUGGAUACCGUGGAUGGUGUGUCCCCAGACAUACUAUAAAACCCAGUAUCGUAGCAUUGAAGUCCCUGAAACCAUCACUCUCACAGAUUGCUGUGAGGGAUAUGAACAAGUUGGACUCUACUGCUCUCUAGCACUCAACAGAUCCAGUGUAUUUGCCUCAAGACCUGGUAUUUGUCCAAUGGAGAAUAUGGAAACCUCUGAUUAUCCUUGCACGUUCGAUACUGAGUGUCCAGGGCUCAAAAAAUGCUGCAACUCAUCCAAAGGAGCAGGCUGUGUGGACCCAAUGCCAGAGGGAAGAACAUUCUGGUACAACGUGACAGUGCUUGUGAAAAUGGAUUUUAAUGAAUUAAUCAGAGUGGAUUCCCACCUUCUGAAUCAUUCCCGCCUUUUGCACUCCAUGAUCACUGGCGCGUUGCAGCCCUUGAAUGCCUCUGUGCACCACAUCCAGAGCAAUCCUGCAGGGAUAUACGCCGGGACAGUGGCCUCCCAGAUUCUCCUUGGGCUGCACCAGCCGGCGCUGCUGGCUGAGGUCUCUUCUUCCCUGGAUGACGUGGUGAAACGCGUGUAUGAAGUGAUUGACACACAAGUGCAAGAUGUCAAUGAAUGUUCCUAUGCUGAACUCAAUGCCUGCCCCCAGAAAAGCACCUGUGUAAACCUGGAGGGUUAUUACAGCUGUGACCCUCAUGCCCAUGUUAUCCCUCACCAGCUGAGCCAAAGGAAGGAAGGCUUUGCAGCAUCUACUCCAAAUUCAGCAGUAGAUGCCAUUAGUACCAGCAAUAGCUCUCCUUCUGUAAUGAAUUCAAGUCUUUUGCCCAUAACUAACCAAUCUGCAGAUGCUGGAUGCUAUCCUUCUGCAGUGACAAACCACCAAAUCUUCAGCGUUACCAGCAACAGUUUUGAAAUGUCCUGGCAUGUCACUUCUCCUCUGAACCACACUUUCCAAGUCCAAGUGUUCAAGGGCCAGGAGACUGUCCAAGACCUGAAGACAGAGGAAAUGAAAAUGGAUGUGUCUCAUCUGGAAGCAGGUGUGAUGUAUUCAGUCGAGGUCCGCUAUGAAACCUGUGGAAAAACCAUCAUCUCCCGUCAAAGUGUUAAAACAGAGGCCCAGAUAUUUGAUGUUACUCAGAGGAUUCUCAACUACAACUUCACUGAUGAUUUCCAUAAUUCCAGCAGCUCAGCAUAUGAAGAAUUUUCAAGGCUGUUUCUUACAGAGCUUGAACAUUCAUUUCCACCUGACAUUUCUGCUUUAUACAAAUCUGGGAAGCUGAAAUUGUGGAUUGAAUCCCUGCAGGCUGGAAGUGUCAUUGUGAGGCUCAGAAUCACUGUGCAGGAUCCUGAGCUUCCAGUCAAUGCCUCCAUAUUUGCCCCAGUGCUUUCCUACCUGCACAACAGUUCCAUGAUUUUGGUGGAUCAGCAAAACACUGCAGUAGGAGACUGGGAUGAAUGUGCUUCUCACAGAGAGAACGACUGCUCUGUGUUUGCAGAGUGUAUCAAUUUGAUGGGCUCCUACCUGUGCAGAUGCAAGACAACCAUGGAUACCAAUCCAUCCAGACCUGGAAGGAACUGUGAGGGUGAGAUUGUGGAUCCUCUGGCUGAAACAAUGGCUCCUGAAACAAGAAACAGCACAGAGUUUGCUCCUGAAGAAGGAAGCCCUGCAGGCCUUGCAUCUCCUGCUGCCACUGAGACAGCGGCCUCUUCGCUGCCCCUGGGUGACAAACAAGUGUCCCACAGUCCCACCAGUGCUCCUUCAGCCCCUUGGAAAAAAGGUCUGGCAGCACAGGUGGGCUUUGACAGCCCCAAAGCCACGGGGACCACAACCAGCAAGGCACUGGCUGUGAGCACAGCCAGCUCUCGAGGUGGCCCUGGCACAGCUCUGCUGGCCACAGGGAAUGCUGGUGUUCCCACCCUCAACGCCACUCUCGGAGCAGAUGUGGAGGUGGCAAGAGAGAACAGCUCUUGGUCUCAGGAUUACAGUGGAUCCCUGGGGUCUCCAGCUUUUCCAGGUGCCUCUGCAGCUCCCAGCCUGGUGCCAGGCCCAACUAUGGAUCACACUGUCCAGAAGCUUAGUGGCACAGUUCGGAUAACAAAUGUGAAAUACUCCCCAGGCUUUAGCAAUACCAGCAGUGAGGAAUAUCAAACCUUUGCACAGCUCUUUGUUGAUGAAGUACAUAAAUCUCUGCCCCUCGAUGUUCUUCAACAGGUGGAUGCUGGUGUGAUUAAAGUGCUGAUAACAGGUAUUACCAAUGGCAGCACGGUGGUAGGUUUCAAUUUAGUGGUUGCAGAAGAUGUGGAUAUCCACUGUGUCAUCACCACUUUUCGGGAUGCCUUGGAACACAGCUCCUACUUCACCAUUGAUAAGAGCAGCCUCUCCAUAAAGGCACUUCCUAUCAGCCAGAAGGCAACAGUGACAGAUAAGAAACCCGUGCACAACACAGUUUUAUCUGUGACAUCUUUGCAAACUUCUUCCCCUGCUUCACUGGACUUCUCUGCUGCUGAGCACAAAGCUCUGGAGGACACCACAUUCUCCAGCACGGUGCUGCCUCCUCUCACCGAGGAUCCCGUGUCAACUCCUGAUGUUUCUCCUCAAGCAUCUCCAGCCCCCCUUGCCAAACCUGCCCAGGAGGCUUCCAUUAAAGACGCAGUGAGCGUGUUCUGUGAAACUGAGAAGAUCGUCCUGGCCACCCAGAAGAGGUUUUUACAGCAGGAGUCCAUCCCAGAAGCCUCCCUGUACCUGGGGGAGUCUCACUGCAAUGUGAGCAGGAGCAAUGGCACCCACGUUGUGCUGCAGGCAGGAUGGAGCGACUGCGGCACCGAGGUGGAGACUAACAUGACUAAUACUGUAGUGAAAACCAUCCUUCGGAACGACGUUCCUGCUCAGGGAAUAAUCCACCACUUAAAAGUUGCCAGUCCCAUUCACUGUGUGUUUCAAAAUGAUGCCGUGGCUUCCUCUGGGUACACUGCAGAAGGACUUUACACCAUCUUUGAGGACUUGCAUGGAUCUGGGCACUUCAGAACACAAAUGCAGCUGUUUAUUGGGAACUCUCCAAUACCAAAGAACUUCAGUGUCUCUGCCAGUGAUGAUGUGCUGAUCGAAGUGGGGAUCCAGAGAGGGGACAGCAAGCUCAAGGUGGUUCUCACUGACUGCUGGGCAACUCCAACUAAUAAUUCAGUGGAUCCCCUCUCAUUUGUUUUUAUCAGCAACAGCUGUCCCAUCCCAGACACAUACACCACACUGCUAGAGAAUGGGAACUCAAGUAAAGCCCAGUUUAAGGUGAAAAUUUUUUCCUUUGUCAACAAUUCUGUGGUUUACUUACACUGCAGAAUUCGUAUCUGUAUGGAGACACCGGGUAGAACCUGCAGGACAAGAUGCCACCCCAUGGUUUGGUUCCUGAAGGCUGGAGAAGUCAUUGCUACACACAGAACAUCCUGGGGACCCCUGUGUAAAGCAGCUGCAUCUGAUUUGAAGAGGGAAAAGGAGGCUGGAAUGGGAGUUGGAUAUAUCAUCCUCAUUGCCCUUACUGUGGUUGGGUCUGUGCUGGGAGUUGUGAGCUUUCUCAUUUUCCAGUACCAGCGAAAGAUGGGAAGAUACAACUUCAGAAUCAAGUCUGACAACUUCAGCUACCAAGUGUUCUACGAUUAGAGAUCCUCAGGUUACCUUGUGUGAAGGCCACAGAAGGAAGAAAGAAACUGUUCUUGCCUGUUUUCAAAUGCUACAGGACUACAGAGGAGGAAGACAGCAUUGUGUUCUUCAUCUUCCUUCAUGGCUUCCAUCUCAGGCAGAGUAAAUGACACACCACUUGAAAAGAACACCAAUGACCAUUUCCCUAAAAG